AUGGCACUGGAAGAGAGCCAUAAGUUUGGGUAUCUGAGGGGGGAGAUACCAAAACCUGAACCGGGUGACCCUCAGAAAUGUAUCUGGAAAGGGGAAGACUCCUUGUUACGGCCAGUUCUUGUUAACAGUAUGGAAACUCAAAUUGGUAGACCAUUACUAUAUGCUGCAACCGCCAAGGAUAUUUGGGAUGCUAUGCAGAAGCUUUACUCAAAAAGGAAGAAUGCGUCUCGGCUAUACACUCAACGCAAGCAGGUCCACGACUGCAAACAAGGGACUAUGGAUGUAACGUCCUAUGUUAAUAAACUAUCCCCGUUAUGGAAAGAGAUGGAUCUUUGUCAAGAAAUAGUUUGGAAUUGUGCACAAGAUGGGGCUCAAUAUUUGAAGAUUGAGGAAGUUGAUCGGGUCUAUGACUUCUUAGCUGGAUUGAACUCUAAAUUCAAUAUUGUUCAAAGUUGA